CAAGCCUCAACCCUUGCGUCGGAGAAGAAGAGCCCUGGAAGCGACGAGCCACCUGCCCUUGAAACGUCAUGCUCACCGUCCCCGUAGCGACCCUGCCGGACAGUUCCUUCAACCGGACAGCUAGAUGUCGACCCCCAAGAGGAAGGCCGGACCUUUGGACACGCUGCCGCCGAUUUGCGGCGGAGCAGUGGUCACAAGCGUCGUAAUGUACCCGGUGGACGUGGUCCGCGCCAUUUGCAUGUCCAACCCGGGCACCGGCGCGGGCGAGGCCUUGAAGGGCUUCGUGGAGGCGCACGGGAUGAUGGGCUUCGUGAAGCAGGGUCUGGUGGCCGAGGUGACGAGGGCCUCCAUCUCCCGAGCCAUCAAGUUCUUUAUGCAGCCUAUUGUGCACCGGAACCUUUACGGCAAGCCGGAGACCCAGGGCACGCCCAUCAGCAAGGGCUUGGCUGGUGCGCUGGGAACCGUGCCCGAGGUGUUGGCCAUCUCUCCCUUGGAGAACAUCAAGCUGGCGGCGCAGCUGGACAAGGAGGGCAGGUUCAACGGAUCGGCCGACAUUGCCAAGCACAUCAUGAAGACUCGUGGAUUUGGAGGACUGAUGAUUGGCUACGCCGGCAUGCAGGUGCGGCAGUUCCUGUGGACCGGCGGCUUCUUCCUGACCUUGGACGUCUACAAGGGCGCGGUGAGCACCGUGGUAUCCAACAAGUUGGCGCAGGAUGUGCUCUCGGGCUUUGCAGCGGGCGCCACGGGGACUGCCAUGAACUGCUGGACGGACGUGUGCCGAUCCAUCGUGCAGAAGAAGGCCCUGGCCGACACCUUCGACCCCUCCAUCCCGCGGCCCAGCGCCCUCGCGGCGUACAAUCCGGGCCCCUUCUUCGCUGAGGCGGCCAACCUGGCCUCCACCAAGGGCAUCAGCGGGUUGUAUGCGGGCGUGGGCCCCAAGAUGAUCCACCUGGGCGGCUCUGGGGCCAUCCUCGCGGUGCUGAUGCCUCGCUUCAAGACCAUGUGGUUUGACAUGAUGAACCUGGAGUGAACUCAUCCGCGGAACAGAUUGUCACAGCCUGUAGGCGUUUUGAUCCGCUCGCAUUGAGAGGAGUGAGUGGAAGCUGUAGUGACUUUAAGGGCUCUGAGAGCUUCAUCGUGAGCUCAGCAAAGCUUGAACACGAGACUC